AUGGACUUUAUUACUGGCCUCCCCCUCCCUCUUCACAUCUUCGCUUCUCCUCUCGAAAACCUUUACUCUUGCAAAUUUGCCUUUUCGUUUAUAAACGCAAGCAACAUUCGUCAUAAAGCUGGCGCUGCUUCUGUUCUCUUGCAACCAAACCCCUCGGUUGCUUCUAACAGCAACAACCCGUCAGUCGACAUAACCGCUAUCCAAGAAGCCAUGAAAAUGACUGCCUUGGACCAACAUCGCGGCUACUCGCAAGACCGGUUCGCCGAGGUCAAGCAAACCCAGACCACCGAAUAUCUUGCCGAGACCGAUGCCGCUGGGUACCAGAUCAUCCGUGAACCUCACUGGAACAAGGGUCUUUCCUUUACCCCAGAGGAGCGCGUCGCCAAGAACCUCACCGGCCUCAUCCCCCACACCAUGGAGAGCCUUGAGACCCAGAGCAUCCGCGCCAUGAAGAUGAUUCAGACUCGCCAGACCAACAUUGACAAGUACCUGUACCUGUCAAACCUCAAGGCCCAGAACAUCGACCUCUUUUACCGCCUCCUCAUGGACAACAUCCGUGAGCUCAUGCCUCUCGUAUAUACCCCCACCAUUGGCGAUGUCUGCCUGCAGUACUCCACCCUGUAUACUCGCCCUGAGGCCCUGUACAUCUCCAUCAAGCAGCGCCGCUCGAUCAAGACCAUGCUCCGUAACUGGCCCUGUACCAACCCUGAGAUUUGCGUCGUCACUGAUGGCUCGCGUAUUCUUGGUCUUGGUGAUCUCGGCGUAAAUGGCGUUGGCAUUUCUAUUGGCAAGCUUUCCCUGUACACUGCUGCCGCUGGCAUCAGCCCUGACAAGACCCUGCCCAUCGUUCUUGACACUGGCACGGACAACGAGUCCAACCUCAAAGACCCUCUGUACCUGGGUCUCCGCCAGAAGCGCGUCUCCAAGGCCGCUCAGCAAGAAUUCAUGGACGAGUUCAUGGACGCCGUCAAGGAGGUCUACCCCAACAUGGUUGUCCAGUUUGAGGACUUUGAGAGUGAAAAGGCGUUCAACUACCUCGACCGCUACCGCAACACCCAUCGCUGCUUCAACGAUGACGUCCAGGGCACUGGUGCCGUCGUGCUCGGUGGCUACAUUGGUGCCGUCAACCUGUCUGGUGUCCCUCUCGAGGACCAGCGUCUCGUCUUCAUGGGCGCCGGCUCCGCUGGUGUCGGUGUCGCCAAGCAGCUCGUCGAGUACUACACAAAGCGCGGUCUCAGCAAGAGCGAGGCCCGUGACCGUUUCUGGCUCGUAGACACCAAGGGUCUUGUGACCACGGACCGCGGUGACCACCUCGCUGAGCACAAGCAGUACUUUGCCCGUACUGACAACCACGGCCAGCAGUUCCGUACUCUUGAGGAGGUCAUUGAGUACGUCCGCCCCAGCGCCCUUGUCGGUCUGGCUGCCACGUUUGGCAUCUUCACUGAGUCGUCCAUUCGUGCUCUCAAGCACUCGGUCGACGGAGGUGGCCCCAACCGCCGCCCCAUUCUGUUCCCUCUCAGCAAUCCUCUCACCAAGGCCGAAUGCACCUUUGAGCAGGCUGUCGAGUGGACGGACGGCUCCGUCAUUUUCGCCUCUGGCUCGCCCUUUUCUUCCUUCAGCGUCACGGGCCCCAACGGCAACGAGAUUACGUACAACCCCAACCAGGGCAACAAUGUGUAUGUAUUCCCCGGUCUUGGUCUCGGUGCCAUUCUCUCGCAGGCCACUCGCAUCACCGACGAGAUGGUGUACACUUCCGCGUCUGCUCUGGCCAACUGCCUGAAUUCCGAUGAGAUUGCCAAGGGCCUCAUCUAUCCUCGUAUUGAGCGUGUCCGCGAGGCCAGCGUCAUCAUUGCCCGUGAGGUUAUGAAGGCCGCCCGCCGUGAAGGUGUUUCCACUCUGCCCGAGGAGCUCUGGAACGAGUGGGAGGAGUGGGGUGAUGUUGCCCUGACAUCAUACAUUCGCUCGCGCGUCUAUGAACCCAAGUCGUUCAGCGACGCUAACAGCAGCCGUCUGUAA